UAAUAUAGAAGUUGCAUGGCCAAAGAAGAAGAAGGUGAUAUGGGUUCAAUUGAUUUUAAGUUGCAUUAUAAGUCAGUAGGUUUAGUAAUAUUGCUUCUUCUCACAACAAAUUGUGUCCUCACAACAUCGAGUGCUUGGGUAGCUGAUGCACCUGCAACCCCAAAGACACCCCUUCUAAAACAAGAAGGAGGUCACGGGUCCAAACCUUGGAGACAGCCUCUGGCAGAAAUGCAAGAAGAGGCAAUUAAGGCUUUGCUUAGCCUUACAACGGGGCUACAACAACUGGCGUGCAAUAGCGUUUCAGACCCACAGUGUGAUGGCAAAAGUAUUAUCUGUGACGAUAACUGUAACAAUACAACAUUCUGUCAUGUUAUUGAAAUAGAUUUUUCAAUGUGCAAUUUGAACGGAAGAAUACCGCCAGAAAUCGGAAAUCUUACUCAUUUAACAUUCUUGGAUUUAAGCAGAAACAGGCUUCGUGGACCAAUCCCUCCAUCACUUGUCCAACUACAAUCCCUUUCUGUUUUAGAUCUUUCUGACAACUCCUUGGGUGGGAACUUGCCACCAUUUCAAAUGAAGUCCUUACUAUACAUAUGCUUCAGGUAUUUAAGCAAAAACAAGCUUGAUGGACCAAUUCCUAAAUCAUUUGUCAACCUAACAUCGCUUGUGAACCUGGAUCUAAGCAGUAAUUGCUUUGAGAGCCAAAUUCCUCCUGAAUUGGGUGCUCUCAAAAACUUAUCUCGAUUAUACAUAAACAACAACGUACUAAAUGGAAGCAUUCCAGAAGAUCUAGGGAACAUCUCCAAUCUUAUGUAUUUAGACGUGAGUGAUAAUCAACUCUCAGGUUCCAUCCCACCUCAGCUUGGGAAUCUUACAAACCUACUGGCUCUGAUUCUACGCGCCAAUUAUUUGGUUGGUGAAUUGCCUUCAAGCUUCAUGCGGUUGGUGAACUUAACUGUUUUUUAUGCUCAAGGGAAUAACUUAUCUGGGAAAAUUCCAACAUUUAUAGCCAAUUGGACACAACUCUAUUCAUUGGAUAUGUUAGGAAAUAAUUUUGAAGGCCCCUGGCCAACGAAAAUCUCAUCAAAGGAAAGUCUCUAUUUCCUAAAAUUCAGCAAUGUAGUCACAGCAGGAGGAAGCGCAAACAAUUUUCCAGAUCUUAGGCAUAUGACUUCAUUGCGAGAAUUGACAUUGAGGAAUUGUUCACUUCGUGGUCCCAUUCCGAAUUAUAUCUGGGAGCUUCAGUAUUUAGUGUAUCUGGACUUGAGCUUCAAUGAAUUAUCUGGAUUUGUGCCAAACUCCAUUAACACAUCUUUAACAUAUAUAUUCCUUAGGAAGAACAAGCUUAAUGGAAUAUUGCCAGCAUGGCUAGUAGCGCUAGCGAACACGAGGAAUGUAACCUCAUCACAUCGAUACGUGGAUGUUUCUGAAAACAACUUUACACUUACAACCUCAGUGUCCGAUGCUUUACCUAAUCAGGACGUGAACAUUUUUCCAGGUUGCUCAAGUAAUUCGUCCACAACAAAUCUAUGCGACAGUUUUUGCGGUAAUAGAAAAUUUACUUGUCUCACAGAUAAACAGCUGUUUAUCAACUGCGGUGGGGAGCAAGUUGAUGUAGAUGGAAAGACCUACUAUGCUGAUGUGAGCCCCAAUGGAGCAUCAACGUUUUUUUUCAACAAAACAGGUGGUUGGGGUUAUAGUAGCAUGGGUCUUGCCUAUGAGAGGCAACAACCAUUUACAGCCAAGGAUCCAUGUAAUCUUCCCAAGACUGCAGCAGUUCUACUUGAAACAGCCCGUGUAGCCCCCAUCUCUCUAAAAUACUACGGAUUUUGUUUCAUCAAGGGAGACUACACAGUGAAACUACAUUUUGCUGAGAUAGGAUCAAGUAAAAACAAAGGCUCUCCUCCCAUCAGACCUAAACGAAUUUUUGAUGUUGACAUCCAGGGGAGGAAUGUACGGAAAAGCUACGAUAUAGCAAAAACACAACCGGAUGAAAAUGGGGACACAAUCAUUCCGUUCAAUAUUUCUAUAGAAUCCCAUCUUGAAAUUCACUUGUACUGGUCUGGUAAUGGCUCGACCUUCUUCCCACCGAAUUACGGUCCCCUCAUUUCAGCUAUUUCUGUAGAGCCAGUUCCUAAACAACAAAAAACACUGUCUACUGCGCUUAAGGCUGUGAUAGCAGUAUCAUCACUGGUUUUUCUUGCUCUAUUUUUGCUUGUACUCUGGAAAUUGGGUUAUCUUGGUGGCAAAAGAUCAUCAAAGGGAGAACUAAAAGCAACUGAAUUGUUCCCCGGAGUAGUUUACACCUUUCGUCAAAUAAAAGAUGCCACUCAAAACUUCAAUGCUGUGAACAAAUUGGGUGAAGGAGGUUUUGGACCUGUUUAUAAGGGCCUGCUCUCGGAUGGGACUACAAUUGCAGUAAAACAAUUAUCAGGAAAAUCAAAGCAAGGAAUACGUGAGUUUGUAAACGAAAUUGGCACAAUUUCAGCUUUACAACAUCCAAAUCUUGUGAAGCUAAUGGGAUGCUGUGCAGAAGACAACGAGCUCCUACUCAUUUACGAAUACAUGGAAAAUAAUUCUCUUGACUAUGCAUUAUUCCGUUCAGAGGAACUUAAAUCGAGACUAAACUGGUCGACGAGGGUGAAAAUUAUCCUCGGGAUAGCCAAAGGUUUAACUUAUUUGCACGAAGAGUCCAAAUUGAAGAUUAUCCACAGGGACAUUAAGCCCACAAACAUACUCUUGGACAAGGAGUUGAAUUCAAAAAUAACUGAUUUUGGAUACGCAAAGCUUAAUGAAGAGGAACACACUCAUGUCAUCACGCGAAUUGCUGGAACAACGGGAUAUAUGGCACCAGAAUAUGCAAUGCGGGGCUACUUAACACCAAAAGCAGAUGUUUAUAGCUUUGGGGUUGUUACGCUUGAAAUUGUGAGUGGGAGAAACAGUGCUAGUUACAGGCCAAGUGAUCAGACAGUUUACCUUCUUGAUUUGGCUUACGUGUUGCAUGAGCAGGGUAAUUUGAUGGAGCUAGUUGAUCCAAAACUUGGAACAGAUUAUUCUUGGACAGAAGCAUCUGCCAUUCUGGAAUUAGCAAUGAUGUGCACUAAUCCAUCACCAACUCUCAGGCCAACCAUGUCUGAGAUAGUAAAAAUUAUUGAAGGAAAAGCUAAAAUCAAAACCACAUCUUCAACAGCCCAUCCUUCUAAAGACGACAAUGCCUUGAAUAAGGCCGUGGCUGCACUCUCUCAGCCUUCUCAACCUGAAAGUUAUUCUACAGCAGGGCCAUCAGAAGCUACUCCUUCCUACUCUUAACAGCUAUAAUAUUACCAAUGAAAUUUGAAUCCAACAUCUCCCACUUAUGGAUAUUUUUGGAUGAUUACUGUGCUUAGACGAUGAAAUCAAGGAGGCAAUGAUGCUUCAAGCAUGAGUUUUCUUCCUUUUUUGUGCUUGUUUUGAAUAGGGUAAGUUGGUUCGGAUCAGUAUAAAAUUUUCAUCUUAGUAGUUGUGUAAAUUAUCAGUGUAAAAUUUUCAUCAAGAUUGUACCAGGUGAUUGAUUUCUGCUCUUACCACUGAAUUCAUUGCCUGAUUACAUUAGGCUUUGGGCCUAUAAUUAGCCUUAUUGUUCACUCUUUUUCAAUGAAUAUAUAGUAACUCAAUGUAACGGAUAGGCUUCUUAGAUUAGAUUCCUAUUGGAUCUAAACUAUGUAAAGGUUGUGUAAGUUGUGGCCGUUCGGUUGCUGUAUAUAUUGAUUGUUGAUGUAGGUAUGUUAAAUAUGAAUGAAAAACUCUUUUAGGGUA